AUGUCUCUUUUUAUCAGAGAUGAAUCCGAUGAAGAGGAUCUUGUUUUAGAGCUUUCGAGGCAUGAAGAAGAUAGGUCAAAACAGAUCGAUGAUGCGAGCAAUGGUGAAAUGCUGUACCCGUUGCUACCAGAUGAUGGAGACUCGCACAUGAGGCCCAAUAUUGAGGAGAUACGGCCUGUCGAUAUUCAGUUAUCUCUACCGCUUCCGUUUCAACAAAUGAUUGUAGAAGACCUACUGGUGUCAGAAGACAGCCUUUUGAUUUUAGGGAAAGGGCUAGGAAUAGAACCAAUUGUGGCAAACCUGUUGCAUGUUUUAGCAACUCCUACUAGAAUCAAUGGCCAAGAUAAAAGAUCUCUGGUUUUGUUGCUAAAUGCUAGUGAAGAGGACAACGAAAAAAUCCUUGAGGAAUUGCUGGAGCUUGCUUGGUCAGGUACUGAGGAAGACGGCCAGAGGCCCUUCAGUGUCGUUACAGCAGAUUUGCUUACCGUGGACCAAAGAAGAAGGCUGUAUCUGCAUGGCGGAAUAGUGUCUGUGACAUCAAGAAUUCUUAUAGUAGAUCUACUUUCGGGAAUCAUCCACCCAAACAAAAUCACUGGUCUUGUUAUCCUGCAUGUUGAGAACUUACACAAUUAUUCUAAUGAGUCCUUUAUCGCCGAAAUGUACCGCUCGGUGAACAGGUGGGGUUUCAUCAAAGCUGUUUCUGACGAACCAGAAGCAUUCAUGACUGAGUUUUCGCCGUUAAAACGGAAGCUGAAAGACUUGCGUUUGAAACGUACAUUACUCUGGCCCAGAUUUCAUGUCGAAGUAUCUUCGAGCUUGAACGUACGAAAUGAAAACAAAGUAAUUGAAGUUAAAGUGUCUUUGACGAAUUCCAUGUCGCAAAUUCAAUUCGGGCUCUUUGAAUGCCUCAAAAAAUGUAUUGAUGAGUUGAAUAGAAAAAACCCCACUCUAUCUUUGGAAUCUUGGAAUGCCGACAAUUGUCUGCAUCCAAACUUUUUUAGGUCAUUGUAUUCUGUGCUGACACCCAAUUGGCAUAGAAUUUCGUUUGAAUCAAAGCAGCUUGUCAAAGACAUUGGUACUUUGAAGAAGUUAUUGCACGCUUUAGUAAGCUAUGAUGCUGUGGACUUUUACGAGAUCAUUCAAGUUAUUUUGGAUGCAAACAAGCCAUCAGUAUCCCGUAAGUACUCCGAAUCUCCGUGGCUUAUGGCAGAGGAAUCCCAAGCGGUUCUUUCAUACGCAAAAAAAAGGGUCUUUUCAGAUGGUAACUAUGAAUUAGAGGAGUUACCAAAAUGGGAACAGCUAACAUCGAUUCUGGACGAUAUCGCUGUUGAGCAGGCUAAAUUAGGUUCUAGUUUAGGGCCGACGCUCAUCAUGUGCUCAGAGGAUAGAACUUGUCGCCAAUUGCGGAAGAUCAUAGGCUACUCCAACAGGAAAGAAGGAGCGAGGAGAUUUAUGCUGAAUAAAUUAAGAGCUUAUAUGAACAGGAGAGAUUUGUUAAAAAAAACGGCCGAAGAUAUUCAAGAAGAGUCGCGCAAAGAAGGUACCAGUGCUGAGCUCAGCGUAUCCCGCUCAUUUGCGAAAGAGGAAGUUGCUUCAAAGAGACGUAGAACUCGCGGUGCGGCAAGCGUCGCUGCAGUAACCAGGCUGAAGAGAGCAACCUCAAAUGGUGGCGAAGACAUAGAAAGUGUGAUGUCUGUUGAUGAUAUUGAACAGCAUAUUAGCCAGAUCAUUGAGGAUACUGACGAGGGCCUUAUUGGAGAUCAAGAAAUAGACAACCUGGCCCAGAACUUUGACGAAGAUAACGAACUACUGCUUACUGAAGAAACAAAUAUAGAUACUUCAGAAUUGGAGCCCAUGAUAAAAAAUGAAAACACUUGGGCAUAUGGGCAAAAUAAUUUUGAGUACAUUGACAGAGGCGAUCAGAUCGUCAUCGAAAAGUUUUACAACAGAGCUAACGAUGUGUUACUGCAAGAGCUACUGCCAUCGCAUAUUAUCAUGUAUGAACCCGACCUGGCUUUUAUUAGAAGGGUUGAGAUGUUCAAGGCGUUGCAUAAAGACUGGCCUCUCAAGGUGUACUUUAUGUAUUACGGUGACAGUUUUGAGGAGCAGAGUCACCUUAUUGCGAUUAAAAAAGAGAAGGAUGCAUUCACUAGGCUAAUUAGAGAACAUUCCGGUCUCGCCCAGCAUUUUGAAGCUGACGAAGACCUGUCAAGAUACAAGAACCUUGCUCAACGAAAGUUACUGCUCAAUCAGAGUUUAAGGAACUCCAGAUUGGCCGGUGGACAAAAAGGCUACGAUGCGGUCACUGGAGAUGUUGUUGUUGUAGACAUGCGGGAGUUUAGAGCUCCUCUGCCAGGCUUACUCUAUCGUUAUGGUGUAAAGGUUAUACCAUGCAUGCUGACAAUUGGAGAUUACAUUCUCUCUCCACAGAUCUGUGUUGAGAGAAAGUCAAUUUCAGAUUUGAUUGGAAGCUUCAAAAAUGGCAGGCUGAAUGAUCAGUGUAAAAAGAUGUCCAGAUACUACGAAUAUCCCACUCUACUCAUAGAGUUUGAUGAUGGCGACUCUUUCUCGUUAGAACCCUUCAGUGAGAAAAGGUACAACUCUGCGUCGUCAACUUCCCACCCUAUUGGUAGCAAGCUGAUGCAAGAUGAAAUCCAAAUGCAGCUAGCUCAGCUUAUUAUGAAAUUUCCUUCAUUGAGGAUUCUUUGGUCUUCGUCUCCUCUGCAGACGGUGAAUUUAAUUUUGGAUCUCAAACUUGGCCGAGAACAGCCUGAUCCUACAACAUGCGUUGAAAUAGGCGUUAAUAGAAAAUCUAGUGGUGCGAAAGACAAGACCAACCAUUCUAAUGAAAAGUUUAAAGAGCUGUUGAGCAUCCCAGGCUUAUCCAACGUUGACUACUAUACCAUCAUUCGGCGAGUGAAGAGGUUUACCAACUUACAAAAACUCAGUGUUGAUCAAAUUACCGAUUUAGUUAAUGAUAAGAAUCUCGCUGAGAGAAUAUGGCAUUACGUGCAGACAGAAAACGAAGAAAAGGACAAUGAUAUCAUGUUGGAGGAAUGA